AUGUCAGACUCACGAAAGCCGACGCCUGGACAGCUGGCGACCAACCUUCCAGGUCCGACCGCUUACCUCACCGGCCACAACCCCGACGGCCAAGCAAUCGUCCAUUCCAAACGGCCGGUGGAAUGGGUGUGCUACGAUGAGGGCAAGUUGGCCAUGCGCCCCGCCUACACCACGACUUUCCCUGCCGAUCUCAACAACGAUGCCGACGUCGCAGACCACGACAAGAAGAUGGAAAGCGGGAAGCUCGGGCUCGUCAGCGGCGGCGGUACAGUCCUGCGAUACGUCGACUUCGCACCUGACUAUACCUGCAUGAUGCAUCGGACGCAGUCGGUGGACUAUGGCAUAGUCGUGGAAGGGCAGAUCGAAAGCGUGUUGGAUUCUGGGGAGGUGCAGUUGAUGGGGAGGGGGGAUGUCAUGGUGCAGCGGGCGACAAUGCAUGCCUGGCGCAACCCGAGCAAAACGGAGUGGGCACGCAUGAUCUUCGUGUUGCAGGACUGCAAGCCGCUCUACAUCAAGGGCGAGAGAUUCGGAGAGGACCUUGGACGUGGGACGGAAGGCCUCCCAUCAAGCGGGAAUGAUCAGUGA